CAUGUGAAGAGCCGGGAGGCGGCGUGCACGUAAUCCUCUGCAGGGCUCAGAAUAUAAGAGGGGCCCCGAGCCCCGACCGGCCCUCACAGCGAGCCUAGUGUAGAACUCCACUCAUCUGCUCACACCCACUCGAGUGGCUGUCCUCCACCCAACAGCCGAUCAUCAUCGGGACGUCUACACUUCAGAGAGACGCAUCGAAGCCAACGUCCUGCACACAGGAACCCUAACAGCUCAAAAUGAAUCUCGAGGCGCCCAAGGCUGAAAUCAAGUCGGCCACCCGAGUCAGCGGAGGCCCCGCCACUCCACGCAAGGGCCCCCCCAAGUUCAAGCAGAGGCAGACUCGUCAGUUCAAGAGCAAGCCUCCAAAGAAGGGCAUCCAGGGCUUUGGUGACGACAUCCCUGGAAUGGAGGGCUUAGGCACAGACAUCACCGUCAUCUGCCCCUGGGAGGCCUUCAAUCACCUGGAGCUGCAUGAGCUGGCCCAGUACGGCAUCAUCUGAGCCUUCGUGCACCUUCCUGCAAUCCCCCACGGAUUACAGGCCUCAAACCAUUUGCCUCAGGCUCCGUCUCACGGCUUCAAAUGGAACUGUUCCACACAAACGUCCACAACGAACUGUAACAGACACAAAAAAUGGAAAAAGAAAAAAAACCUUCUACAAAAACACAUUCACUUUCUGUCCUGGAUUCUUUUUCUGAUUCUGCAGUUCACACUUUAUCUGCUCAUGUUUAGGAUCUUUCCUUCUGAUUCUCGUGACUUCUCUAGUUCUGCACAGUUGCGUCCUUCUCUCUCUCUCUCUCUCUCUCUCUCUCUCUCUCUCUCUCUCUCUCUCUCUCCUCUUGCUGUCCUUCUUUUUCCUCCUGUCUUCUUCUUCUCAUGGACAAAACAUGAAACUUACACAAGCAAGGCAGCCUCAGAUUGAGUUUAAGUGACAAACCCGUGAACGUGGGUGGGUUCCCACUUCAUGUGCUUCGGCGCCUCUUUCGCCAGCUCAGAGGUUCUUUCUCCAUCGACAUAUUAAACAUAAAGCCUGUAUAUUCUGUAGAGAGCGGACGGCAGCUCAGCGUGAGACCUUUCAGUGGGAUAACGUUAAUCACUCAUCAUCAGAUUUCCCUCUUUUGCUUCUGACCAAAGUUUAACUGAACCAUCGUCACCUGGAUACAUACGUGUUCUUCACCUUUAUUCACUCUAAAGUUUCUACUAAUAUACUUAAUAAAUAUCUAUUAGUAUUGGAUACAUGUGAGUUAGUAUGAAAAAGGCUUUAAAAACAUGACCUGCGACCUUAUUUUUAAUGAAAAUUUUAAGAAAGAAACCACUUUAAACCACAAAAAAACAGAAUGUGUGAUUUAAAAGGAAAGAAAUCAUUAUAUUCAUAAUAUUUUCUACAAAAAGUUUCAUAUCUCUUCCAUCUCCUUUGUAUAAUAUUACUGUUUGAAAAUGAGUAUUUUAUGUUUAUUACAUGUUUAUUGCUCAUAAUUUCAACCUGUGUGUUUAUGUUUGUGUUUUUUAGCUCAUUGUUGUCGCUCUCAUUUGUCGUUAUCUCGUACAGUGGAAGAUUAUACUUUUUAUUUCCUUCGUCUUUCAUCCUUUAUUCAUUGUCACUUAUUAUUGGCUUUUUAUUUCAUUGUUUAAUCUCCACAGUCGUCUUGCUCACCACCGUGUUUGGUUGGGAUGUUUGAGAUCGCACAGGUCUGAGGAGAUGUGUGAUGGAGCUUUGUCCUCUCUACGUAUUAAAAAAUAAAACAUAAAAAGAGGAAAAUA